CAUCCAUGCCCAUGUGGUCAAAAUAAUUAUGGUCAAGACAACUCAGUAUAAACUCUUGUCAUAGCGCUAUAGCAUGCAUAUACCAUCUAUGAUAGCAUAAAGAACCAACCAUGGAUCAACUGAAGUGUCCUCGUUGUAAGACAAGCUCCUACCAGAAACCAAACCUCAAGCUACUAGUUAAUGUGUGUGGUCAUAAGCUGUGUGGGGACUGUGUGGAGGUGGUGUUCAUUCGAGCGUCUGGCCCGUGCCCCGAGUGUGGGGUGGUGCUCAGGAAGAACCAGUUCAGACUGCAACAGUUUGACGACUCGUACAUCGAGAAGGAGGUUGAUAUACGGAAGAAGAUACUUAAAGACUACAACAAGACAGAGAGAGACUUUCCUUCUCUGAGGGAGUACAAUGACUAUCUUGAGGAAGUGGAGACAAUCAUAUACAACCUGGCUAAUGGUGUUGAUGUGGACCAGACCAGAGCUAAAAUGGACGCUUACAAGAAGGAUAACCAGACGCUCAUCAUGAAGAAUAGAGACAGACAGUUACGAGUGGAGAAAGUACUGAUGAACCAGAUACACCAGGAGGUUGCCGAACGAGACUACAAGAAUAAGGAGGCACUAGAAAUAGAGAAGAGGAUAACUAUACAAAAGAAGAGAGAGAAAGACUCCAUAAUUGAUGAGCUGAUAUACUCUGACCGACCUGCCAGUGAAGUAUUGGCCAGUCAUGCAGCUGUCUCUGGUAACACAGCAGGGGAGGAGUCAUCAGAGACUGUUGCCACUAAGAAGGACGCCUUACUCCCCUCUCAUCACGCUCUUGUGGGCAUGACAGUGUUUGACCCGCUACCUAUGAGUCAAGGGAAAGUAUACAGCUACCAGCCCCUCCUUCUGUCAACAUGGGGGCCGGGCGUUCCAGAGCUAGAGGAAAUGGAGAGCUUUGGGUACUUGUCAAAUAUGAGGUGUCUAGAGGAACACCACAUUGGCAGUGGGUUUGUCCCUGCCUACGCCUGUCAGAGAGCACUGCAGGACGCAUUCUCCUGUCUGCUGUUGAAGCCUCAGGACAUUUGACAUUUACAUAGCAUGCAUUCGUUAUUAUGUGUAUUCAACAACAGCUCAAAAGUUAUGCAAAUGAAAAUUGACCCUUGCAAAGGGGGCGUGGUACUUCAGUAUUUUUUUUUUAUUUUU